CUGCGAGAGCCAGUGUGUUUACAUCCGCUGCAAGAGAAGGUACAACCCAGCCGUACCCUUCGGUUUUCGGAGAUUUGGUGUCUUCCAGUGUCUUUUCCCGGAAUCUUUGUAUCUUUUUCUCUUCCUCCGAGACCCGCUGGUGGAAAGAAUGACCAUGGGAGACCACGCCCAGAACGCGCCCGUGGCUUCGCUCGUGUUUCCGGUGUUAAUUCGACCGAUUUUGGCGCAGGUCGAGAGAGAGAAUGUAACCUCCGGCCAGACCCUACGGGCUGCCCUCAGCAAGGUAGAGGCAGCACACCCAGGCUUCACCUACGAACUGGUGAUGGGGUUGGUACGCAAGGCUGACCUGACCGUAAACAUGAAUGAGUCUAUCCUCCGUCUGCAGGGCUCAGUGAAUGAGUCAGAGUCUGGUGACUACAGGGUGACCAGAACAGAGGACGCCUUCCAGGAGCUGAACAAGAAGUCGGCCAACCUCAAGCGCAUUCUGUCCCGCAUUCCAGAUGAGAUCACGGACAGAAAGACCUUCUUGGAGACAAUCAAGGAGAUUGCCAGCGCCAUCAAGAAGCUCCUGGAUGCUGUCUCUGAGGUUUCACAGUACAUCCCCGGCACACAAGGGAAGCAGUCGCUGGAGCAUCGCAAGCGCGACUUUGUCAAACACAGCAAGAAGUUCAGCAACACCUUAAAGGAGUACUUCAAGGAGGGACAAGCCAAUGCAGUGUUCGUGAGUGCCACUUACCUGAUUCAUCAAACCAACCUAAUAAUGCUCACCGUCAAGGACAAGUGUGAGUGAGAGCCUUCCGGUCAUCUUGCUCACUCACUUAGUCUCCUUCAAAGUCAUCGGGUUGUGCUGCACUGUGAGGCAGAGGAUCCUUGCGUUCCCAUCCUACCCCCAUCUGUCCUUUUCUCCUGCCCCCUACACCCUCUCCGCCCUUUUGGAACAGCAUGCCCACCUGCCAAUAGACUCAAAAAUGGAGUGGUUCUACUCCCCCUCCCCCCCAACUCCUCCUCCUGCAUCCUCUCUCCAGCAGGUCCACAAUGGGCAGAUGGAAGGGGAAUGACCUCUGAAGCUCGGAACGGAGACGAGGAUAAAGAGGACCCACUUGUGCUAUAUGAGUGCAGGUGAAGAGGAAGGAAACCUUUGAUUUUCCUCUGUGGCCGAGUGUGCUUGCGUCUGUUAUAUAUAUGUAAAAAGAGAGACAAAAAAGAAAAAAAAAAGAGAUAGAGCAGUUUGUUGGAUAUAUUUUGAAAAGUAGAUAUUUGCCUUAUAUGUAUAUAAUGCAUAACUUGUAACAUAAGAAAAUCACGAAUAUGCUGUCUAUUUUAAAAUGAAGUCAAUGCUUUGUGGAAGUAAAAAAUUGUAUGCAUUGGAAGUGUGAUGGAAUGUAGUAUGAGAGAAAGCCUGUGGAUGAGAUCUAGGAGCCACUAGAUCAGAUUCCCAUGCAAGAUGUUCAUUCAACAUGUUUUACAGAGUAUUUUUGUCAACUCUGCUUUAUCAAUAUUGUCAUUGCACUUGUGAAAUCAGUCUUCUUGGGCUGUCAUUCACGAGCACCACUUUAAAGAAUGGCAUAUUGAAUUGGUCUAAGUUUAUAUCUUUUCUUUAGUGUGCUUUACUGGUUCUUAUAAAUCUGUUUAAUGUUCAUAUGUAAUAGAUUUUUUUUUUAAGCUAGUUCAUACAAAUAAGCUAUGUUCCUUC